AUGGCCAAUCAUCCCAACGUACGUCACGAUGAACAACCACCAAACCCUUUAAUUAUACCUAGCCCACACGACAAUAGUGAACACCCCUUCCAGUCACCCACCACCACCACUGCCUCUCCGUCCGGACGACACCCUAGCUACCGGGGAAUCAGAUUGAGGAGCGGAAAAUGGGUGUCAGAAAUUCGAGAACCGCGUAAAACUACGCGUAUAUGGCUCGGGACGUACCCCACCCCAGAAAUGGCUGCCGCAGCCUAUGAUGUGGCUUCUUUGGCAUUGAAAGGGCCCGACACCGCCGUGAACUUUCCGAAUUUAGUUUCCACAUAUCCACUGCCUGCUUCUCAAUCCCCUGCCGAUAUUCAGGCUGCAGCUGCUAGUGCUGCAGCAGCUAUGGCACCACCGCAGCAAGAGGGUGGGGACCAGGCGGCGCUGCCACAAAACCAGUCUGAAAAUCAAGUUUUACAAGAAUUUGUCGACGAGGAGGAACUUUUGAACAUGCCGAAUUUGCUGGUGGACAUGGCAGAGGGCAUGCUUGUGAGCCCACCUAGGAUGAAAUCAACCGGAGACGAUGAUUCGCCGGAAAAUUCAGAAAACGAUAACCUUUGGAGUUAUCGUUGA